AAUACGUAAAGACAUGGACAAUAGAGACAGAGAGGAUCUUCAGCUCAAGAAAUCCUUGUCCCGUCGGCCCAAAAGUUGACAUGGACACUUCAUCUAGAUCAUGACGGAGCACUGACUCGUGAAAGGGCCAAUUUAGCCACCGACUGAAACCUAUGAACCCACUUACCUGAUCACAGUUAAAACAAGAUCAACAGUCAUUCUCGUACACGGGUUCUCGAGUUAGCCAGUUCAUCAAACAUUGGUCCCCAUGAAAAUCAUCCUUUCAACUUGGGACAGUUGGACAGUUGGACGCGAUUAGUCGCCGCCCGAUCAAAACUAAGGGGCAUAUCCGUCAUUGAAACAUCAAUAAAACAAUGCGUUACGGGCAAAAACAAAAUUAUGUUAUGAUAUGCCGCUUAAAAUUCUAGUGUCGGUGCGUCCUCUGUCCUGUAAGAAGUCACAACUUAAAUUUAUGAAUCUGACGAGGACCGGUCUUUUGCUGAUUGGGCACCAGAUCGAGCGACCCUUUUCCUUAAUUGCUUGUUUUAAACUAAUCAGCCCUGUUUCCAACCGCAUUUCCCUCACAGUAAUUUCAGAGACAUUCAGCUCUACAGAUCUUCUUUUUCUCCCGGGGAAAUCCCAUAUUCUUUUUUCCUUUUCUUUUUCCUAGCACAUUGAACCCGUUUUAAACCCUGCAUUUCUCUUUAACAUAUCCAUUGUCCAAUGCGCUUGUUUUGAUCUAGAUCUUAGGUUCAAGAUCUGUGAUUUGGGUGAUUUUGAAGUGAUAAAAGAAUGGGGAAAGAAUCGAAGUCGAGAGGAUGUUUGGGUUGGUUCCUGGCUAUAGCAAUAUUGGCUCUGGUUGUGGGAGCCGUUGUUUAUACAAUCAAGAAGAAAAUGGAUCACUCAAAUGAUGAUAAGCCUGCUCCCGUUCCAGGUCCUCCAGGCGCCAUUGACAAGAAGUAUGCUGAUGCUCUCAAAAUCGCAAUGCAAUUCUUUGACGUUCAAAAAUCUGGUAAGUUAGUGGAUAAUAAGAUAUCAUGGAGAGGAGAUUCGGCGCUUAAGGAUGGAAGUGAAGCACAGUUGGAUCUUUCCAAGGGGAUGUAUGAUGCUGGGGAUCACAUGAAAUUUGGUUUUCCAUUGGCAUUUACAGCUACAGUGUUAUCAUGGGCUAUCCUUGAGUAUGGAGAUCAGAUGGAGGCAGUGAAUCAACUGGAACCUGCUCAAGAAUCUCUCAAGUGGAUAACGGAUUACCUUAUAAAUGCUCAUCCUUCGGAAAACGUGCUCUUUAUUCAGGUGGGUGAUCCUGUAGCAGACCAUAAAUGUUGGGAAAGACCUGAGGUCAUGAAAGAGAAGAGGCCUCUCACACAGGUGAACACAUCUGUUCCAGGGACAGAUGUUGCAGCUGAAACUGCUGCUGCUAUGGCUUCAGCAUCUCUGGUGUUUAAGACUGCUGACUCCACAUAUUCAAGAACACUUCUUAAGCAUGCCAAGCAACUCUUUAAUUUUGCAGACAAAUAUAGAGGUUCUUACAGUGAGAACAUCCCAGAAGUUGCAACUUAUUACAAUUCAACAGGAUAUGGAGAUGAGCUCUUAUGGGCAGCAAGUUGGCUCUAUCAUGCAACAGGCGACCAAUCAUAUCUUCAAUAUGUGACUGGGGAAAACGGGAAAGAGUUUGCUGACUGGGGAAGUCCAACCUGGUUUAGCUGGGAUAAUAAACUUGCAGGAACUCAGGUUUUGCUUUCCAGGUUAAGUUUCUUUGGCACCAAAGUUGCCUCGGGGAAUUCUGGCCUUGAAAACUAUAGGAAGUCUGCUGAGGAUGUUAUGUGCAGCCUUCUACCAAAGUCUCCCUCUGCCACAUCCAGCAGAACAGAUGGUGGUAUUAUAUGGGUCAGUGAAUGGAAUGCUCUGCAGCAUCCUGUUGCUUCUGCAUUUUUAGCUGUUCUCUACAGUGAUUACAUGCUUACGUCACAAACUCCAAAGCUAACUUGUGGUGGCAAUUCAUUCAAACCAUCAGCUCUUAGAAAGUUUGCCAAAUCACAGGCUGAUUAUGUCUUAGGCAGUAACCCCUUGAAAAUGAGCUUUCUUGUGGGGUAUGGGGAUAAAUACCCACAAUAUGUGCAUCAUAGAGGAGCUUCAAUUCCAACUGAUGCAACUACUGGUUGCACUGAUGGCUUCAAGUGGCUUGAUUCAACUGAACCCAAUCCUAAUGUAGCUAUUGGAGGUCUUGUGGGUGGGCCUUUCCUAAAUGAAACAUACAUCGAUUCCCGGAACAACUCAAUGCAAGCAGAGCCAACCACAUAUAACAGUGCCGUCAUUGUUGGCCUUCUCUCAAGUUUGGUGACUACCUCUUCUGCAGUUAAAUCCUUCACCUAAAAGUAGCCAUCGUGUUGUAACCAAUUACACAUGUUUUGUACCAUAUGAGCUGUAUCAAUACCAUGAUUUCCUGCAAAAUUUAGUGUUUAAGUAGUUUGUUCUACACGGGUGAACUCAGAUGUGGUUCCUCUCCACUGAGUUUUUUGGUGUAUUUUGGAGGUAUAGCCUUGUAUAUGUAUCUUUUUUUUUUCAACUGGUUAUUAUGUGAGUUAAAUUCCCUCAAUGUUUCAAUUA